AUGCCACGCUCCUUCCUGGUGAAGAGCAAGAAAGCUCACACCUACCACCAGCCCUGCGUGCAAGAGCACGACGUGGUCUGGCCUCCUGCCUUCGCGCCUGUGGCCAGGGACCAGGUCCCGAGCAACAGCCCUGUCCUCAGCACGUUGUUCCCAAACCAGUGCCUGGACUGGACAGAUCUCAAGCGGGAGCCAGAGUUGGAGCCGGACCAGAGCUUGAGCAGGAUGACCUCAGCACCAAAGGGCCCCAUUGUGAUGUCCCGACCCCAAUAUGGUGAAUCCGACUCACCCCCAUUCUACAAGCCCAGCUUCUCCUGGGACACCCUGGCCUCAUCCUACAGCCACAGCUACCAUCAGGCCCCCUCCACCAUGCAGUCCGCCUUCCUGGAGCGCUCCGUCAGCCUGUAUGGCAGCCCUCUGGUGCCCAGCACCGAGCCCCCCUUGGACUUCAGCCUCCACUACUCCCCAGGCAUGGACGCAUACCACUGCGUCAAGUGCAGCAAGGUGUUCUCCACUCCACAUGGGCUCGAAGUGCAUGUCCGACGCUCCCACAGCGGGACUCGGCCCUUCGCCUGUGAUGUCUGCGGCAAAACCUUCGGCCACGCCGUCAGCCUGGAGCAGCACACACACGUCCACUCCCAGGAGCGCAGCUUUGAGUGCCGGAUGUGUGGCAAAGCCUUCAAGCGCUCGUCCACCCUGUCCACCCACCUGCUCAUCCACUCGGACACGCGGCCCUACCCCUGCCAGUUCUGCGGCAAGCGCUUCCACCAGAAGUCAGACAUGAAGAAGCACACGUACAUCCACACUGGUGAGAAGCCCCACAAGUGCCAGGUGUGUGGGAAGGCCUUCAGCCAGAGCUCCAACCUCAUCACCCACAGCCGCAAGCACACAGGCUUCAAGCCCUUCAGCUGUGAGCUGUGCACCAAGGGCUUCCAGCGCAAGGUGGACUUGCGGCGGCACCGGGAGAGCCAGCACAGUCUCAAGUGA